UCCUGAUUUGAUGGUAAACAUGUUUUUCUCACCAGCCCGCUGUUUCAUCCUUCUACUCCUCUUGAACUUCACUGAUGCAGGGCGGAUUCUGAAGAAGAUCAAGGAGCGUGUGCGUAACCUCCAGCUGCAGAAAGCCAAACAGCUUCUUCUGACACGUGCAGCCAGUGAUCGUCAGCCUCUCCAACACGUGAAGGAGGGCAGGAUUCACCAGCAGCUGGACCACUUCAACCGACAAGACGUGAACACCUUCCCUCAGAGGUUCUUUGUAAACGAGGCAUUCUGGCAGAGUCCUGAUGGGCCAGUGUUCCUCUUCAUCGGAGGAGAAGGGCCCAUCUUUGACUUUGAUGUCCUGGCCGGUCACCAUGUUGACAUGGCUGAAGAGCAUGGGGCUCUGCUAUUGGCUCUGGAGCAUCGUUUCUAUGGUGACAGCAUCAACCCUGACGGCUUGAAAACGGAGAACCUGGCAGACCUGAGCAGCCAGCAGGCGCUUGUUGACCUGGCUGUAUUCCACCAAUACAUUAGCCAAAGCUUCAACCUGAGCCACAGGAACACCUGGCUCAGCUUCGGAGGCUCGUACUCUGGAGCUUUGUCUGCCUGGUUCAGAGGAAAGUUUCCCCAUCUGGUGUAUGGAGCUGUGGCGUCCUCUGCCCCUGUCAAGGCGAGGUUGGACUUCUCUGCCUACAGCAAUACUGUUGGCACGAGUCUUGUGAACGAAGCAGUUGGUGGCUCAGAAAAGUGUCUGUCUGGUGUGCGGGAAGCCUUUGCUGCUGUGGAAGCAGCACUGAUGGGUGGUAAUGCCAGCCAGGUGGCCGUGGACUUUGGCUGCUGUCAGAUCCCCAAGGACCGUGAUGAUCAGAUCGAGCUGUUGCAAAACUUGGCCGACAUCUUCAUGGGAACAGUGCAGUACAAUGAAGAAGGGGUGCUCUUGUCUAUUAAUGAGGUCUGUGGUGUUAUGACCAAUAAAAACGAGGCAUAUGAGGGGGAGUUGGAGGCUUACAGCCGCCUGGUUAAACUUGCACAGAUCUACCAUUCUACCAGUGAGGAACCAUGUCUUGACAUCUCCCAUGAGAAAACAAUGAAGGAUCUGAUGGAUACGUCCCUCCAUCCAGGCAGGAGAGUAGAGAGACAGUGGACCUACCAGACCUGCACAGAGUUUGGCUUCUGUACAACACACAGACACACACACAAAUGCACAGCAACACACAUAUAGUCAUUCAUUCGUUUUAUGUCCUGAUACCAUUUCUUUGUGUGUGUUUGUUUGUGUGUAGACCAGACUUGCGAGGA